AUGUCUUCCACUACUUCUACCAUCCACACUGCGGCCUACGAUAACUUGCUAGCGGUUUAUCGUUCAACUUCUAUCUUCAGCGUCCUCGCAGGCAUCGCCGGUGUCUUGGUUCUACGCAGUACCUUGCGCGCAGCUCGAAGGAAAUUCAAGACCACCAGUCUUCGCGGACCACCUGGCACGCACCCCAUAUUCGGGGCAUCGAAAGACCUCUUCGAGUCACCAGACACAGGGGAGAUCUUUGAAACAUGGGCCGAGGAAUAUGGUGUCGCUUACGAGGUUCCGACGAGUUUCGGCGGGAAGAAGAUCAUGUUGUGCGAUCCAAGAGCCCUCGCACACUACUAUGCCCGGGAAACCUGGACAUACGUACUAACCGACUCAACCAGAGUAUUCCUGGAACGCGGGUUCGGGAGAGGAAUACUGUGGUCGCAUGGAGAAGAUCACAAGAGACAACGCAAGUCCUUGUCACCUGCAUUCAGCCAUGCAGCCAUGCGGAAGCUUUCCCAUGUAUUCUACAACUGUGCUCACAAAACGAAAGCCGGUUGGGACGCUCUGAUCGACACGAGUGGCGGUGAAAGUGCUAUCAUCGAAAUCCAAGAUUGGAUGAACCAUAUCUCCCUCGACACCAUUGGCAUGGCCGGGUUCUCCCAUGAGUUCGGUUCCCUCGACGGUAAACCUGCCACAAUCCAAAAAGUGUUCAGUGCCUUCGACGCGUCGGCCAAGCAAUCGUUCCUUGAUGUUGCCGUCGUCCUCUUCGCCGAAGUGUUCCCUGUGUUUUCUUACAUACCGGUAUCGUGUGUUCAGUCACUCACCGACAUGCAAGAAACGUUGUCGGGCGUCGCAAAGAAUCUCCUAGAGAGGAUGGAGAAAGAAAAGAAAGAGGGAGUUAUUGACGGUAAAGAGGACAAGUCGAUUAUCGGAGUGCUCAUCAAAGCUACUGAGGCAGAGGGCGGACGGCAUGUGACCCCCGAAGAAGUGUUGUCGUCGGUGAGUAAAUGGUGGUUCUAUUCCUGUCAAGUUAUCCUUACGGUCCGGGAUGACCAGAUGAAAGAGUUACUUCUUGCUGGUUACAUCACUACAUCGAAUAGCCUGACCUGGGCAUUGGUCGAGCUUGCCCGCAACUCAGAUAUUCAAAGCAAGCUGCGGGACGAGCUUUUGGCCUUUGGCUCUGAGCCAACAUAUGACCAGUUGCAGAGUAGCCAGACACUUCCUUACCUCGACGCUGUGGUACACGAGUCCCUUCGCAUCCAUCCUCCCCUAACAGACUUUGUUCGCGUGGCAGCGGAAGAUGACGUCAUCCCUCUCUCAGAACCUGUUAUUACCAAGUCUGGCCAGGCCGUCAACAGCAUCUCGGUAGCACGUGGCACGAGAAUCGGGUUGCCCUUGGCAUGCACCAACCGAUCCACUGCCAUCUGGGGACCGGACGCGAAGGUCUUUCGGCCAGAUCGUUGGCUCGAGAAAGAUGGUAUCCCAAAGAAGGCACAGGAUGUCCAAGGGUACCGUCACCUGUUGACUUUUGCUGAUGGGCCAAGGAAUUGUCUCGGAAAGGGCUUUGCGGUAUCCGAGAUCAAGGCGGUGCUGUCGGUGCUAGUGAAGAGUUACGUGUUCGAGAUGAGAGAUGGUCCGAACACCCAAAUUGAGCUGUGCAGAGGAAUAUUACCCAGGCCCCGAGUGGUCGGGGAAGAAGGCAGCACGAUGCCAUUGCGCGUGACCCGGUACGAGGGCUUUUGAUUCAUUGACAUGGAUGAACGACGGCAGCGCCGUUUUCUGCUAUGAUAUACUAGACUAUCCUUAACUUUUGUUGUCGAUGGUGGAUGAUCCGUGAGUGGGUUAAUCGUUGCAUAUAUACACCAGACC